AGCGGGCCUGGCGGGGGCCCCUCCCUGGGGAGGGGGCCUGAUGCCACAGAGCCACCGAGGGCGCAGACUCAGAAGUCCCCUUCCCUCUUACUCACCUGAAGACCCUGGGAGGGCUUUGGGCCUCUUGGAGCUUGAAGGCCCGAAUUUUGUCCAAGAUUCGCCUCCUGCAAGAGCUCAUUUAUGCCUCAGUAGCUUGAAAAUCACAACUCUGUAACAUUCAUGGCUUAUCAAAUUUAGGAAACUGCGGGGAAUUAGAUCCCUGUAGGCUAGUCGGACGACUGCACGGCUUGAAUAGCACCUUGUAGCCAUGAGGGUUCCAAAAGAGCCCUGUUUCCUGGCAACUGGAAGGGAAACAUCGAGGGUCAGUUACGGAAGACUCAUUCCAGAGGUGCCCAAGGUCUUGAGUGUUGAUUAUUAAACAAGAGAGAAUUGCUGUGGAUUUUAAUUGUAAAAUAAAUGCUAUUUUAGCUUUUCUAGGGACUCUGUUAGUUGGUGACCACAAUGAAAAAUGGAAACCAAGAUGAUCCGGUACCUGGCACUCUUCACAGGCGCAAGAGCUCCAAAGAAUGGCUGGAACCACAGUCGCUUUCUUUUAUGGAGGCUUUAGCUAAAGAAGAUAUUGAUGCAGCUGUUCAAUCAAUAUUAUAUAGAGAAAAUUAUGUAAUGAAGGAACUAGAUAAGUAUUUGUAUCAUCACGACUUCUUACAUGCAAGAAGAAAAGAGAUGUUGUAUAAAAAAUGGGUUGAGCAUGUGGCAGAUCCUCUACAGAAAAAAAUUACAGAAAAAGUUUGUUCACAUAAGAAGAUUAAAAAGAGGAGACGACAAGAAUUAGAAAACUUUUUGAGGCAUGUAAAUAAGAAGAAAACUGCAUUUAUAGAGCAUUAUGAUCCAAAAGAGUAUGAUCCUUUUUAUAUGGACAAGAAGGACCCCAAUUUUCUGAAG